UCUUCGUCGCCAGCAGAUUCCUUGGCCCAUUCUUUGGUCUUCAUCGUCGUUAACAAGAUACUCAUGAGAACUUGGGCGAGCCCCGAGGCGCCAGUGGCCAAUCCACCGGUCAACACGCUCGCAAGACAAUUCGAGAUGUACUGGCGGUUCACACCGUCAAAUUUGGUCAGGGGUACGACAGCGGCAACAGCUUCGUUGUACAUCGUCGCCCGAUUGGGAUCCAUUUGGAACAUGGCCAGGGCACACUGGAAGCAUACAUUUUGAGCACUGAGCACGUCCUGGUUGUGCGACGCAGCACCGGCAGCAAGCGGAAAGUUGAGUGCAUAAUCAGUGGUGUUGUCGCUCGGAUUCGAUGGGGAUUUGAGAGCCAGAGACAUGAUGACGUCAUCCGAGCAGCAGAUGGAACAGGUCGACCGAUACGCCUCUACUGAUUCGUCCAGGCUGAGAGUGGCCAGCUGCUGACCGACUUGUGAAGAGUCAACGAGUGCUGCACGCAUCGCCCGGUUUGACCGACGGUCGAGGAUAUCCGCGCCAUAGCCCGCCUUCUCCAGUGCUGUGAGAGCAGCGAGGCAUCGGUUCACAAGCGGGACGAGAGGUGAGGGUGUGAUGGACGUAUGUCGCGCUCGGAAAUCCUCAAGAUUAGUUUGAUGUGCUGCACGGAGCUUCUCGCGUAGCCCUUCGGAAGGUGCGCCGUCUCGAAUCUGCUGAAGAAUCUGGGCAGCCCCACCCACAUCCCGCAUCUCAAUCACGGUUACACUCUCCUUCCGAACCAACAACCAAUCCCGAAGAGGCUUCAAAAGACCGCGUGUCUUGCACAAAAGAGACAGCGAUUCGAAUGUGUCUUCUUGGAGGAGGUCAAUCAGUUCAUCUUGCGGGAUGCUGUCUGGUUGCAUCUGCGUGAGCAAGAGAUCGAUGUCGACUAAGCACUGGUGUUUGGACAGCCACGUUGGGCCAAGAUCGACGGCACCUCCGUUAGCACGGUGCUGCACUCCAACGAUGUUCACAUCCUUGAGCGCUGCCUUGAACUGCUCUUCCGUGGGGAACAAGGGCAGCGACUCCCAAUUCUCGAGAUCCAGUUCGAACCCAUCCACGAGAGUUCCGAAUGCUCCUUUCGCGGCGAGGACGUAUAUGCGCCCAUCCGCGCAGCUCUUGAAGACGAUGGCGGCGUCAGGGGCCGAGGCGAAGACAGAUAUCCCGACAGAAAUGUUGACGCUCGAGGGCUUGCUUCCGUCGCGAUUCGUGAUGACGAACACGACGGGGGUGUUGGCCAUGCCUACAGCGAGCGCUUUCUGCGCGAAAGGGACAGGGGAGCCAAUCUCGCCGUCAGUGAGCAGGUACCACAUGUCACAGCUCUUGAGUUCUGACGUUGUCGCUGCGGUGUUGAAGAUCACGGCCGGGUCGGUGCCCCAUCUAUUGAGUUGCUUCGUGUUAAUGCGGGAUGCAAUGUCUGGGCGAAUUGGGGACGCACGAUCGUUCCCUCCAAAGGACUUGGGACACGGCGGUUGGUGCCUCGACGCUGCUUCCCCACAUAAUGACGGAGUUGGGAUAUUCAUACCCUUCCAUCAUUCCCAACACGAAAUUCUUUUGCAUGUCCAUGACUCUGCCCGCUGUCGACCCUGAUGCGUCCACCGCGAAGGAGAUUUUAGAGUGGAGGAGGGGCAUCGUUGGAGGUGCCUCCGCCCCAGAGGCAGACACAGGCUGUCUCCAUGAGGCAGAAGGAGAGGUCGAUGCGGAGGACAUUGCUUUGAUCAGGAGUACGAGCCAUCAUCUUUAUAUCAGCGAAUUCAUCGAGGAGACGAGUCAUUGCUGU